GUCUUAUCGCUGAUGGUUGCAGUAGCAGUUCAGCUCGCUCUGUGACUCGUGUCAUGUCAUGUAUGCUAGUAUGUUUCGUGUUUCUAUGAAAAAAAGUGUGUUGUGUGCUACGUACUACUGUGUAGUCUAUGAUUCACUAUCACUACGUACCGGAGUUCCACAUUGGUGGCCCCGAACUUCGAGUGAACGUUAAAAUAGUGCAAAUUCGCGUCGUGACAAUAUGGUCGUUACACAGCCAUUGGUUUACGCUGACCACGAAUUUCGUCGGCCUAUUGCGUCCCUUGCUGUCGACAGACAUGAACAGUGUUCCGUAUGUUGCCCAAGUGAUUAAAAGAGACAGUAAAACUACUUAAACACUGCAGCCUCAUCGCAGGGGCACAACAAUGCAAUGCAAUUGACAAUCCGCUUAUUGCCUUUGUUACGAGCUCUACCAGUACAACAUCUACCCUCGCGCUCCCUCAAUAUUUUCACUACCUGGACCACCGAUUCGUGCCGAUCGCGUUGCGGCCGUUAUCGUACGCAGUGGACACGUGUCCGCUCAUUAUGAAUGUCGUCUCAUCAGCGUCGCCCGGCAGACAGUCUGUCUUUUCCUUGCAGCCGCCUGUAUUAUCGACUACGGCCAACCCGCAGUUCUCCCCGUGCGGUCGUAUUUCAACCACGUUACCGAACCAGUCAGCUGCUUCAAGGCUCACACUACCGCCAUUCUGUACGGACGACCUGCGCUUGUGGUUCACGAUUGUGGAAUGCAUGUUCGCCUCUGACACCGUCGCCACGGAAGAUACGAAGUACAUCACUCCUCGGCCACUUCGGCGCCCACGCUGACGUUAUCUACGAUGUCAUCCCGGCACCAGAGACUACGGACAAGUAUGGGACUGCCGAAACAACGCUCUUCGACGCCUCACCUCGAUUCCUGAAGAGCAUUAUACCAGCUGUGACGUCACUUCUGGACAAAGCGGGCUUCCGGUUGAAGGUUGGUGGUAACCUGUCUUUUCCUACUUGACGCGGUGGAGUGAGGAAGUGUUGGACACGCCGCGCGAAUCCGUAGGCAUCAGAAGAAGAGAAGCCGCUGAAAAUGUCGGAAACAUUGCAACUGCGAGGGACUCUUCGGGGCCACAAUGGAUGGGUUACACAGAUAGCAACCAAUCCUAAAUAUCCAGAAAUGAUUUUAUCUUGCUCAAGAGACAAGACCCUUAUUGUUUGGAAGCUAACAAGGGAUGACACAAGUUACGGUGUCCCUCAGAAGCGGCUCUAUGGCCACUCGCAUUUUGUGAGCGAUGUGGUUCUGUCUUCUGAUGGUAAUUAUGCCCUGUCUGGAUCAUGGGAUAAGACGUUGCGCCUCUGGGAUCUUGCAGCUGGGAAGACAACACGGCGCUUUGAGGAUCACACGAAGGAUGUGCUGAGUGUUGCUUUCUCUGUGGAUAACAGGCAAAUUGUGUCUGGAAGCCGGGACAAGACAAUAAAGCUGUGGAAUACCCUUGCUGAAUGCAAAUACACCAUACAGGAGGACUGCCAUAGUGACUGGGUGUCAUGUGUAAGAUUUUCACCCAAUCAUUCAAAUCCCAUCAUUGUGUCAGCGGGAUGGGAUCGCAUGGUUAAGGUGUGGAAUCUAACAAAUUGUCGUCUGAAGAUCAACCACAAUGGACAUACGGGAUAUCUGAACACAGUUACUGUUUCUCCUGAUGGCUCACUUUGUGCUUCUGGAGGAAAGGAUUGCAAGGCCAUGCUGUGGGAUCUGAAUGAUGGAAAGCAUCUGCACACUUUGGAUCACAACGAUAUAAUAACAGCACUGUGCUUCUCGCCAAAUAGAUAUUGGCUGUGUGCUGCCUUUGGACCAUCUAUUAAGAUUUGGGACUUGGAGAGCAAGGACAUGGUUGAAGAACUCAGGCCAGAGGUAGUCUCUGUGACUGCAAAAGCAGAACCCCCACAGUGCCUGUCAUUGGCAUGGUCUACAGAUGGGCAGACACUGUUUGCUGGCUAUUCAGACAACCUGAUUCGUGUGUGGCAGGUGUCUGUCUCAGCACGAUAAGACUUCACCCUGAGCAGGGUGCUUUUAUUUUGGGAAAAUAAAACUUUUAACUUUUUAA